UUUCCAGUAAUUUUCCAACUUCUUCUUUGAUAUUUCAUCCAGCCUGUUGUAGACCUCAUACAUGUGCAACUGAAGGAUUCUAUAGCAGUCUGCAUCAUAUCCCUUCGAGUAUCUGCCUUUUCAAUCCAAUAGUCGACUGCUUCUUUCAGCUGUUGGAUUUUCUCAUGGGUAGGGGCUAUUUCAUGCUUGUAGUACUCUGGGAUUGACCCCACUAUGUCCACAAAAAUGGAGUCGAAGUCUUCUUCUUGGCUGUCAAGUUCUGGGUUCUGUUGCUGGACAUUAACAGUGUCCUCCUCCGUCACUGAGUCUGCACUAAGGUCAACUCCUUGUUCUUCAAUUUCAUCAUCUGCUUCGCAUUCCAAUGAUUGUGCUGGUGGUUCUUCAAUUUCAUCAUCUGCUUUGCAUCCCAAUGAUUGUGCAUUGUCUUCAUUUUGCUCCUGUUGUGGAGUUUUUGUCUGGGUUGCACUUUGGUCCACAUUUUCAUGGAAGCUGAAGUUCUGUUUCUGGCUUGAUAUUGAGCUCCGGAAGGCUCCAUUUGACAGCCGCUGGUUUGUGAUCUUCUCUUCCAGGAAUUGGACUGAUCAGAAUAUAACUUCGAUUCGCCGGCUUUCUCGUUAUGGAGUUUGUCGUUGAUUGGUGAUUAUGGAGGUUGUCUCCUGCCUGGUGGUUAUG